AUGAAAAGGAGCUAUUCUGCUUGGCAUAAUCGUAGUAAAAAGCAGAGGUCGAAUUUCAUUAAGAGCGUUUACAUGAAGGGGAUGACUGAGGCUUUGAACGUUGACAUUAUGUACAGGUAUAUAGACAACUAUAACAUGAAGUUUUGGAAUAGGGCUUCCAACAUCCAUAAACAUCUUCACUUAACCUUCGUUGGGGGUUGCUGAGCUCAAAGUUCUUCACAGGAGUGGUUUAGAUAAAGAGAAGAAGCAACAGGUAGGAUAUAUGGGUUGCUAACAAUUAUGAUUUGGAGUUUUUUUAUAAUAUUCCGUUACCUAUAAGC